AUGAAUGAAGAAACCCAAACUUUAUUAAAAAAGAUAUUGGAAAUGCAAUUGGAAUGCACUUAAUUAUUGACAAGCAUUUUAUUCAAGAAGAAUCCAACAUCAAAUGACGGAGAGCAGCAGAACAAGAAAUCUGAAUAAAUAGAGGAGUCCAAAUUACAGUUAGAGGGGUCAAAGAGAAGAGGCAGAAAAUCAAUUAAGAGUGCAAUUCAAGUUGAUACUCUACUGUAAAGUGAAGAUGAGAUCUAACUCUAGCAAUUAUUUUAGAUGACUCCAAAAGGAUUACUGUCACCUGAACAGUGCUAUAAACAACUCAAUGUGAUUGUAUAGAAAUUCAGAUAGCUGAAUUCUUUGGCCAACAAGAAUCAUUAAUUAGACAUCGAAUACAUUAAGGCAUAUCAUAGUAAAAACAAAUUUAAAUAUCUGAGAGCAAUAACUAAGUUGUUUGUGCAGAGCAUCAAGAAUUUAAAAUAGAUUUAAUCUAAAGAUAAUCAAUCUGACAUUUUCCAAUGUCCCUCAUGUGACUUUACAGGUAUUAGCAGUGUAUUUUACCCUCAUAUCUUGAAGAAGCAUUGUUAGAACUAUCACAUAUUCAGUUGCUUCUUGUGUUCAAAAGAUUAUCAGUCUCACACUUUGUUACAUACUCAUCUGAAGAGAUAUCAUGGUAAUUCGAAGAAGAAUCAAAAAUCAGAAACUAACAUAUUGCUUCAAUAAAUAGAUGAUGAUGUGAGCAUAAGUCUAUGA